GAAAAACGGUAACAGGAGAGCAAUAUCCAUCCUUCUGAUCAAACAUCUGAAAACCGCACUGUGUCCUACUUACCUGCCAUCCCCAGAGACGUUGGUGAAAGCGAGAUGUUGCAGCAUGGCAGCACAAACUGGAAGGUGGAUGGUCCACGAGCGCCGAGGGAUGAAAGAAGAAGAGCACAACACAAUGAGGUGGAGAGAAGAAGAAGAGACAAGAUUAACAACUGGAUUGUCACGCUUUCAAAAAUCAUCCCUGACUGCAAUAUAGACAAUAGGACUGGUGCUAGUAAAGGAGGCAUCCUAUCCAAAGCUUGCGAUUAUAUCCGAGAACUGCGUCAGAAUAACCAGCGGUUGCAGGAGAGCUACAAAGAAGUGGAGCGAAUUGAGCUGGACAAUGAAAUGCUUCGACAACAGGUAUUGUUAUUUCCUUGCACGCCGGCAAAGUCACGCAUUUCAUUGAUGCAAGUGUCAUGAUGCUGUGUAGUUUUUGUGCUGCUGCUACUACUUACAAACAAUUAAACAAACGGCCAACAGAAUACACACAUGUAAGCAAGAUUGC